AUGUGGAAUUUUCAUACCUUACUUUCGACAAAAUCAGCUCAAGUUUUGAAAUUCAAACAACCAAUCAGAACACGUAUCUACCAUUAUGCUCUCCAACCCAAGAUGGUUAAAUAUAAUGAACCAAUAGACCCAGAAGAUCCUCGUCUCGUAAAAGCCGUUGCUCCAGCACAAAAAUGGGAACAUACGGGAUCUAAUUUUGAUGAACUUGUCUCAAGAAUUGUGGGGAUGAUGACCAUUCGAGGCGAAAGAGAGGUGGCUAGAAAUGUAAUGCGCAUGACGUUUAGAGAAAUAAAACUAAUACAAAUGCGGAAAAACAAAAGUAUUGCAAAUAGUUCGGAAAGUAAUGCUAUUCUUAUUAACCCCACUACCGUGAUUCAUGAAGCAGUAAAGAACUGUACACCUUUACUUCUGCUACAAUCAGUACCACGUGGUGGUAUUUUGUACAAGGUUCCUGCUCCUCCAGUAUCUUCAGUUGCCACGCAUACUGCAGUGAAAUUUAUUUUGGACGCAGCUAGAGGAAAGCCACGUGAUCAACGAAUAUGGAUAUCUCUGGCAAACGAAUUUAUGAUAGCUUCACAAAACCAAGGCAAAGCUGUCAAAUACAAGGUUGAAUUACAUAAACAAUGUGAAGAGAAUCGUGCAUAUGCUAAUUUUAGAUCGCAUUAG